AUGUUAAACAGUGUUGAUGAACCUCGCUCUCAUUGGCUCUUAAAAGCACCGAUUCACGUACUCUUUCUUGAUACUCUUCUGCACUAUUACCCUUCGGCAUCACUGGUUAUGACGCACCGUCAGUUGGAUGAAGUGCUCCCUUCCUUUGUUCGUUUAUUUUCUGUUUUUAUGAGUAUUUAUUUAAACAACAACAGGGCUGAAAUUCCUGCCGAUAAGACUGCAGAUACGAAACGUUUAAUACAGACAUUCGAUACUCUAGUUCAUCGGCUAAUCAAAUUUCGUCGUGCUCAUCAACAUAAUGCAAUCUUCGAUAUACACUACAAUGAUCUAGUCGAACGACCGAUCGAUACUGUUCGUCAUCUUUACGAUCAUUUUGGAUUCCAGUGGUCAAAUGAAUUUGAACAAGAAAUGAUCGUGUGGCUUGAGAAAAAUCCCCAAGGAAAACAAGGACGUAAUAUGUAUAGACUUGAGGAAUUUGGGCUGACACGCGAUGAAAUUGAACAGAACUAUAAUGAAUAUAACAAUAUGUUUCUCGAACUUCGAAAAUGA